AUGACCCUAGUUUCCAAUGAUCCCAGUUGGUGGCCCUUCAUCAAUUUCGAUAUUUUUCAAGCCUAUUGGUUUGGUUUGUUAUACUUAUCAUUUGGUGAUCUGAGUCUCGAUCUAUCUAACAUCCACCGUUUCGCAGUUGCUGCAAGCUUCGUGGUGGUAUACGAUUGGGUAUUAACACUCCCACAAGAGAUUGACCUCAUUUGGACCCAACACUGGUCUCUCAUGACCGUGCUGUACCUAGUCAUACGCUAUGUUGGAAUACCAUAUUCUGUUAUCAGCAUUCUGCGUAAUAUCAUAUUCUAUACAAUAAAUGGGACAAAUGUGAUCAUAACUGCCAUGUUGGGAGUCAUCAUGAUUGCUCGGUUGCAUGCCAUGUAUCAGGGAUCUAGGAGGAUGCUUAUCUUCCUUGUUAUCGUCUUCCUAGCUGUAAACAUCGCCUGCGGAGUAAUUGCGAUCAUAGCACUCAACUCAUUGGACAAAUACCAGAGGAACUCAUACUCUCUGGUACUCAUAUGCUAUAACAAAUUUGAGGGGGAUAUCCAGCUUCUGAUAUCAAUGGUUUGGAUGCUCAACACUGUUUGGGAGGUCCUCGCACUGUGUCUUUCGGCCUGGAUCGCUGUGAAGCACUUCCGUGACCUGUGGCGACUUGGCCCAUUGACGGGAUCGACCAUUGGGGACUGUUUCAGAGUGCUGAUAGAAUCUCACGUGCUUUAUUUUGCAAGCUUUGCCAGUGUCUCUUGCCUCCAGCUUGUUACUAUCUCUCCAGAAGUCGAGAAUUCAAAUUCUGUAGCAGUUGGCAUAUUAGCUGGUACUGUUCAAAUUUUAUUGUUCGUGCAGAUGUUUGUGCUGGGACCACGCCUCAUCCUUAGCGUUCGACAAUAUCAUGCUAAACUCGUGGCCGAAUCCGACGCAGAAACUAGCAUGAAUUCGAUCGUCUUCCAGGAGCGUGUGCAUGUACCAACUAGCAGUACUGUAUAGAAAAAUGGUUGUCGAGUGUUCUGCAUGGCGACAUUUGGUCAAGGAUACGUCGUAUUUAUUUUAGUUAUGGUGUUUCAAAGUAUAUUUAGAUGAGUUUUAUGUAGACAAACCCAUGUCUUGUUGUAUCGCU